UUUACCUCAUCUCGUAGAGAAGAAAGAACCAACCCUGGGCUUUCUAUCGACUUCAACGAGAGAAUAAACAAGAAAACGCAGGUAUUACCCAUGGAAGGGGGACCGACUGAUGCAGUGGUGGAGGAGGGGGGUGAUGCGUUCAAGGCCAAAGACUGUAAGACAUACCAGAGACGACGCGAGGACGAGGAGGUCGGGGCCAACCUGCUGCAGGCUGCAGGGUUGGAGGGAGUGGAGCAGCCUCAGCAGGGGGGUGAAGCCGUGGUGGGGUCCCAGCAGCAGUUGGUGGAAGGCGUGGUCAACAGCAGCGUUGAAAUGAUGGUGAUGGAUCCCCUGGACCCUGCACUGCUCCAGAUGAAGACUGAGGUCAUGGAGGGUGGUGUCGGUCCUCCAGUGCCAGAAGGAACCCACGAGGCUACUGUCACCACAGUGGAUGACACCCAGAUUAUUACCCUGCAAGUGGUUAAUAUGGAGGAGCAACAGCUCGGCCUGGGAGAGCUGCAGCUUGUACAGGUGCCGGUCUCAGCUGUGCCCGUCACCGCUGCCACAGUGGAGGAACUGCAGGGAACCUUAGUAGAUGCCACCGCCAUGCCUAAAGAUGGAGAGCCAGUUAUCUGCCACACUCUUCCUUUACCCGAAGGCUUCCAGGUGGUGAAAGUUGGUGCCAACGGAGAAGUGGAGACAGUGGAACAGGAUGAGCUCCAGGCCCAAGAGGAGCAAGCUCCUCAGCAGCAGGAGGAAGACGACAUGCCUGACUCUCAAACCGAUGAUCCAACCUGGACUAAGAACUCUGAAUACACACCACCUGUUAAGAAGACCAAGAAGACAAAGAAAAGCAAGCUGCGCUACAAUACAGAGGGAGAGAAGGACAUGGAUGUUUCUGUGUAUGACUUUGAGGAGGAGCAGCAGGAGGGGCUUCUCUCUGAGGUCAACGCUGAGAAGGUUGUGGGUAACAUGAAGCCCCCCAAACCGACCAAAAUUAAGAAGAAAGGUGUGAAGAAAACAUUCCAGUGUGAGCUGUGCAGCUACACAUGCCCCCGCCGUUCUAACCUGGACCGCCACAUGAAGAGUCACACAGACGAGAGACCGCACAAAUGCCACCUGUGUGGACGAGCCUUCAGGACUGUCACUCUGCUGAGGAAUCAUCUCAACACUCACACAGGCACCAGACCACACAAGUGCACUGACUGUGACAUGGCCUUUGUGACCAGUGGAGAGCUGGUCCGACACCGUCGCUACAAACACACCCAUGAAAAACCUUUCAAGUGCUCCAUGUGUGACUAUGCCAGUGUGGAGGUAAGCAAGCUGAAACGCCACAUUCGCUCCCACACUGGAGAGCGUCCGUUCCAGUGCAGCCUUUGCAGCUAUGCCAGUAGAGACACCUACAAACUGAAGAGACACAUGAGGACUCACUCAGGGGAGAAGCCCUACGAGUGCUACAUUUGCCACGCCCGUUUCACCCAGAGUGGCACGAUGAAGAUGCACAUUCUGCAGAAGCACACUGAGAAUGUGGCCAAGUUCCAUUGCCCCCACUGCGACACUGUCAUUGCCCGCAAGAGUGACCUGGGUGUCCAUCUGCGUAAGCAGCAUUCCUACAUCGAACAGGGCAAGAAGUGUCGGUAUUGUGAGGCUGUUUUCCACGAGCGGUAUGCUCUGAUCCAGCACCAGAAGUCCCACAAGAACGAAAAACGUUUCAAGUGUGACCAGUGUGAAUAUGCCUGCCGACAGGAGCGUCACAUGAUAAUGCAUAAGCGCACCCACACUGGGGAAAAACCGUAUGCUUGCAGUCACUGUGAGAAGACCUUCCGACAGAAACAACUUCUGGAUAUGCACUUUCGUCGCUAUCAUGAUCCCAACUUCGUGCCCACCUCCUUUGUGUGCACCAAGUGUGGCAAAACUUUCACUCGCAGGAACACCAUGGCCAGACAUGCUGAGAACUGCGCUGGCCUGGACUCUGCUGACGGAGAGAAUGGAACUCCGGCCAAGAAGGGCCGAGGGAGGAAGAGGAAGAUGCGCUCCAGGAAGGAUGAUGAUGAUGACAAUGAGCACGGAGAGCCUGAGCUGGAUGAUGAUGAUGAAGAGGAGGAGGAAGAAACCAUGGAGGAAGUGGAGAUGGAGGUUGAACAGGCUCCACCCAGUGUGCCAGUUCCAGCUCCUGCAGAGCCACCUGUUAAGAGGAAACGUGGCAGGCCACCCAAGAACGCUCCCAAGCCUGUCCCUGCCAAACAGGCUCCCAAAGCAGCCUCCACUGCGGCAGCUAUAAUCCAGGUGGAAGAUGAGAGCACGGGUGCCAUUGAGAACAUAAUUGUGAAGAAGGAGCCGGAGGUGGAGGCGUCAGCGGGGACGGUGGUGGCGGAAGCCGUGGAGGAAGAGGGUGGCGUGGAGACGGUGCAGCUGCCUGUGGCUGAAGCUGCAGCCAAUGGCGACCUGACCCCCGAGAUGAUCCUCAGCAUGAUGGACCGGUGAUGUGGGCGGGGCCAAGACGCCUUUGCACACACAGGCCCUACACAUACAAACACACACGCACGUCCCCAUAGAUAUACACAUACACACACUUAAUUUCCCUGCUGCACUGUGUCGCUUCCCUUUCUUGCUCAAUACCACUCCACCUUGUUUGCUCAGUGUUCUCACAUUUUGUCUUUUUGG